AUGGGGUUUCUGGAUAUUUAUUCAGAUAUUAGGGAGCUCAUUUCUUUGGAGGAUGUUAUGGAGGAACUUGGAUUAGGUUCGAAUGGUGGUCUUUUAUACUGUACGGAGUAUCCUUUGACUUAUGCUAUGGUCUUCAAUUUUCUUCUUGUGCUAGUCCAGCACCUGGAAGAUAAUUUGGAUGAUUUGCUUUGGCUGACAGAAGAGUUGAAUACUUACUUGGAUGAUGAUUAUUUAGUUUUUGACUGUCCAGGUCAGAUAGAACUCUUCUCCCAUAUACCCGUGCUUAAGAACUUUGUGGAGCAUUUAAGGCGAAAAAAAUUCAAUGUCUGUGCUGUGUACUUGCUUGAUUCACAGUUUAUAACAGAUGUGACCAAGUUCAUUAGUGGCUGUAUGGCGUCACUUUCUGCGAUGGUCCAACUGGAGCUACCUCAUGUUAAUAUACUCUCCAAAAUGGACCUUGUGACAAACAUGAAGGACAUUGAGAAGUCAGUGCUUACAUAACAUUUUUCUGUUUUGUAGGGGUAUUGCACUCGUUUAUCUUUUGAUAGGCUUUUUGUAUUACGUGAAGACCAAGCAUGAA